GAUCGCUUGCGAUGACAACAAAAAGUUUUCAUUCAGUAAACGUUGAUAAUUGAAAUAACAAUCACGUAGAGGAUUGAGUUACCAGAUAACUAAAAAGAUGCACUUGCGGUUUGUCAUCGGUUGGCUGCUUCUAGCCAGCUGCAGUCCGAAAGCAUUUGGUAAGGGGUUUCUAAACCUAAAACCAGUGCCAAUUCAUGAGGAUGAGAGUACCACAGAGGCUUAUUCACCUGCCACACCAUCAACUUCAUCAACGCCCUCGAAUAGGGACAUCACAAUCGGUCCUUGUAAAUGGGCCAUAGGUCGUAGUUGUCCCGAUCCGGAUGUCAAGUAUUACAUCUACACACGCCACAAUCCGAUGGACAGACAGUGCCUUCAUAUAGACGAGUCCCUGGAGAAGUCUAAUCUGACAGACUCCUAUUUCAAUCCCAGAUAUCCCACAAAAAUCAUCAUCCAUGGCUAUAAUUCGGACAUGUUUCUGCAUCCACUGCAGCAAAUGAGAGAGGAGUACCUGGCCAAGGCGGACUAUAACAUCAUCUAUGUGGACUGGAGUGUCCUGUCGCCAGGACCCUGCUACAUAAGUGCGGUUCAUAACACCAAACAUGCUGGCACCUGCACUGCCCAGCUGGUGGAACGAUUGGUGGAGACGGGUAACACAGACAUCCAUGUAAUAGGCUUCUCGCUGGGAGCUCAGGUGCCCAACUAUAUAGCCCGGAAUCUGAGCUCGUUCAUGCUGCCAAGGAUAACAGGAUUGGAUCCGGCAAUGCCCCUUUUCAUCACCUCCGGCAGGGCGGAUAAACUGGAUGCCAGUGAUGCCAGCUAUGUGGAUGUGAUACACACGAAUGCCUUGGUCCAGGGAAAAAUGGAGAGAUGUGGUCACGCGGAUUUCUAUAUGAACGGAGGUAUCAUGCAACCGGGUUGUAGUGGCCAGAAAAUUAACUCCUUUGCUUGCAGUCAUCAGCGGGCUCCCGCCUAUUUCCUGGAGUCCAUCCGCUCACCGAAAGGUUUUUGGGGAUGGGCCUGCAGUGGUUAUAUAUCGUAUCUCCUGGGGAUGUGCCCGCCCACGAAUUUCCUGCUGGAGGCUGGGGACAAUAUACGGCCCAGCACAAGGGGAAUGUUCAUGAUAGACACCAAUGAUAGCUCUCCGUUUGCUCUGGGCAAGUGGACGGACUUGCCCACCUUGGGAGCAAAGCAUCCACACUGGCGAACGCCGCUGCAGCGACUUAAGGCGCCUCCCAAUCAGGGUGUGGAUCCCCUCCUGCAUCACAUCGAUCCGUUUGGAAAACUGGCAGCCAAUUUCAACAACCUACAGAUGUCUCCCGGUGGUCAGGAUCCCUACGAGCAUUGGACUAGCUUCAGUCCGGAACAGAAAGAAAACGACGAUGUCAGCAUCGAUUCUGUGGAGGAGCAGGACACGGUGGAGUUUGCCGAUUUAGAUGAUCGCCAGUUGAGCACGCAGGCUCCAAACGUCAGCUGGUGGGAUUACAGAAGGAAUCUCACAUAUGGAUUCAUGGAGAAUAACAUAUUUACUGUGCCAACAGUGGAGUAGCUGUUAUUGAUGCUAUAAGCUAUUUAAAACCCCUUCCUUGCCCCAUUCCUUACUAACUAUUAAGUGUCACUUAAGCUGAUAUUCAUAUUUUCAAUACAAUGCGUUUAAAACAUA